AUGGCGACGGCCGAAGCCUCAAAGCGCGAUCCGUACGAUGAAGCGGAAAACACCGUCCGGAAAAACAUCCGGAGGCUCAUCGUACUGCAAUCACAGGUGAUGGAGGAACUCAGCACGCUCCCUAAACACACGCGUGUAUGUGCCACAACCAAGGGAGCGGAGCUCUUGACCGUCUGUGCGGGCAUCGAGAGCGACAUUACGGAGCUGCAGAAGGUGAUCGACACCAUCAGGAAGAACGAGAAGAAGUACCGCAUUUCAGCGAAAGUCAUAGCGUCGCGCCAAACCACCAUCGAUGAGUUCAGGUCGAAGCUCAAGAGUGUGCGUGACCGCAACGAAGCGAACGACAAUGAAGUGGCCAACGCGGCCUCAAGCCCCCCCAGCAACUUGGGCAACUCGCUGGUGGAACACCAGCUGCAGACCCAGAAGGACCUUCUGGAACAGCAGGAUGUGCAGCUGUCGGUGCUGACGACCUCUGCGCAGUCGCUGCAGAACAACGCUCUGGCGAUAAACACGGAAGUCACCACCCAGAACGAGCUCCUGCGCAGCGUGGAUGAGGGGUUCGCGGACACGCAGCUCCGCUUGAACGCGUUCAGCAAGCGGAUGGCUGUGUUCCUGGACACCAACAACCCUUCGUUGCUGCGGCUGGUCAUCAUGCUGUUCUCCAUCGCCGUCAUCCUGCUCAUGGUGAUCAUCGUGUUUUAG